CAGCUUUUACGGAGCACAAUCAGAUCAGUGUUGAUGUAAAAUUCAGCAGCGUGAAGAACAUGACACUUGUGGCUCCAAUCCGCUAUUUUUUAGGGGCAAGUACACAAAAUAAUUGUCGAUUCAGGGCCGAAAAAUCCCUGAGAUUGACCCAAAUCGUCGCUUCUCUCAUCUCAGUGUCGCGAUUAUUGGAGUAAUUUCUGACGCAUCCUGUGAAAGACUGGAAAGGAUCAAGUGCCAAUCGACCAAUCUGUUUAGCAUAAAUACAACAAAAAAUGAACUCCAAGAGCAGAACUAGUGUAACCGGUGAUGAUUUGAGACAUGCCAAUGCUGAUGAGAGGGAGACAUUGUUGGAACAUGAUAGUGAUCCAGAUGAGGAUAUGCUGUUCAGUCGUAGCAGUACAUCGUCUCAGGAUGACAUCAGAGUGCACAGAAAAAUAGACAGCGUAAAAAUUCAAAUUCGGGAUGUAACAGAUGUCAUGCGUGAUAACGUGCAAAAAGUAUUGGAGCGAGGAGAGAGAUUGGAAGAUUUGCAAAUCGCUAGUGAUAGAUUAAAUAUUGCUGGUAAUGAAUUUCGUGAGGCAGCACGAAAGGCACAACGUAGAGCUUGGAUGCAGAAUGUUCGAUCAAGAAUCAUAAUUAUUGCAGUUACAGUAACUGUUAUAUUGUGUAUUAUUGUUUUGGAUGUCGCGGUACUUUAUCUGGUUCUCAAAUAACUGUCAUCCCUCCAUGGCCUAAAGCCAUGAAGGAAAUUAAGUGCCUAUGAUCAUAAAAUAUUCCUGAUUGAUGGAUCUACAGGAGUUUUGACCGACUUUGUACUAGAUAUCCGGCCUUCAAUCCACCGGAGCACAACAGUUUUUAUAAAAAACCAUUUUCAAAGUAUUUAUAUUUACCUGUAUAUAUUUUACAUGAUUAAUUAAACAUUAAU